GCCCACUACUUUGAGAGCGGUGUUCUUCUGAGCGGUGUGGACUCUCAGAACGUGCGGUUUCAACAACAUACAUUAUCAAUCAAAUUCUAAAUUAUUUCAAUCGAUCAACCAAGACGAUAAAACAACAGCGUGCGUGAACAACCAGCCGAGCUAAGCAUUUCUUGUAGUUGAACGACGCUCUGCCAUCGGAAGGCCAACACUACUCAGGCGACUUGGCCUCCUUGUCAUUUUUCGUUUGCUUUGUCUCGCGUAAUUCAAGAUGGCUACGAUUCUGUUGUUCGUGAGUGUUGUCUUGUGUUCUUUCGUUGCUGUGGAGUCUUCCSCUCCAACYUGUGUCGCCGUGAUGUCCAAAUACAGAGCAAAAGGACUGCUUCAAAGUGAUGUYCCUUCACAGGCAGUCUACGAUUCCAGUCUUAAAGUCUGCUCUUCGAAGGCAACCGGUUGCUGUACAAAGCGAAUGGAAGACAGUUUUUCUUCACUCGCACGAUCAGAAUUUGAAAGUGCUUUAGUGAGUAAGACGAACGAUCUCAAAAACACUUUCGCCAACAGUGCAAAAACUUUCAACGUGUUUUUCACCAACCUCAUCAAGAGUUCUGAGGAAGAUCUUAACUCUAUGUUUGUAAAGACUUAUGGAGAUUUCUACACUCAUCGUUCGAAAGUCUUCAAGGACAUGUUUAAAAGUCUGAAUGAUUAUUACAGUGGCAAAAGCCUUGAUCUGACUCAAGUCAUGAAUGAUUUUUUUGCCAACCUAAUGAGUCAAAUGUUCCAGCUUUUAAAUGCCAAGUACAAGUUCACAGAUUCAUACUUAAAAUGUGUGACCAAACAUAUGGAUGAACUCAAGCCAUUUGGGGACAUGAAGGACAAGUURACUUCACAAGUUAAGCGGUCAUUUGUUGCAGCACGUGCCUUUUAUCAUGGACUAACUAUUGGACAUAGUGUACUUAGACAACUACAAGCCAUCUCAGCUUCAAAAGACUGUGAAAAAGAAAUCAUUAAGUCAUCUUACUGCUCAUGGUGUUUGGGUAAAACAGACUUGAAACCUUGUGAAGGAUUUUGCAAAGAUUCUUACAAAGUAUGUCUGGCUGACUUGAAGGAUUUAAGUCAUGAAUGGGAGACCUUCAUGGCAGCUUUGCUUGAUGUUGCUGGAAAGCUUGAAGGCCCAUUCAGUAUAGAAAAUGUGAUUGACCCAAUUGGAGUGAAAAUAUCCUUUGCUAUCAUGAACUACCAAGACAGACAUGUAAAUGUUGGACAGAAGAUCUUCACUGGCUGUGGAACUCCAAACAUGAAAGCCAAAACAAAGCGAUCCUCUGACAGUGAUUUCUUCAUUGAUGAGCCAAACAAGAGCAAGAUGAAACGUCAAGCUGGUUCAAAGGCACAAGAUCCUCCAUUGCCAAAAUCAGUUCUUGGAAGCCUAACACAGAAGUUUAGAAAUGACGUUAAGAUUGCCAAAGGUUUCUGGCAAAGGUUGCCAUCAUCUAUCUGUGCUUCCCCCACUUCUUUGAAAGACUCUUCGAAGUGCUGGAAUGGAACAGCUAUUGGAAAGUAUACAAGUCCCGGUGUUUCUAUCAACAAUAUCGAUUCAUCUUUAAGCCCUUCAGCGGAUGCCAUCAAUCAUCAAGUCAAUGUACUCAGAACCAUGACAUCAAGACUAAAAUCAGCUUUAGAGGGAGAGGAUGUAAAACUAAUAAAACUCCCCGACGGGAGUGGUGACGGGGAGGAUGAUAGCGGAAGUGGUAGUGGCAGUGGCAGCGGAAGUAGUGGCGACAACAAUGAAAUAACGUUAUCCCCAAGUACCGAGAAGACWAAUACCGAYAGUAAUGAAAUAGACGGAGGUGACAGCAUUCUAGGUGGUGGAGUUGGGAAUAGCAAUGAUGGCAAUGUACUGGGRAACAAGAAAGACAAUAGCAGUACCAGACACUCAACAUCGUUUGCUUUGCUUGUACUGGCGUUAUUGAUUUCAAGAAUAUGGUAAAGAGAGAUCGCUGUAGAUGAUUCUCUUCUCCUUUGUACUGGAGUGAAUUUUUAUUUUCUAAAACAUUAAGAGAAAGCUUCUCAUCGAGGAACGAUUGUAUAUAUACGAAUAUGCGAGUAUCGCGCUCAAACAGGCGAGUACGGAAAGCGAAUGACUGUUGAAACAACGCUGUUGUACAGAAAGAACYGGGAAACGUGUAGUACAGAACGCUUUUCUAUAUCGACAAACCGUGAAGUGGUGGCCAUUGUAUUCCUAGCAGAAGUAUUUGCACGACCAACUAUAAUCUAUGGUUUCAUAGUGUUUUUGUAUCAAGUGUUGAUAAUCUCUACACGAUGGAAAAACAUGGUGGAAACGACACGGAAAUAGCUGUGAACAACCACUGUGAAUGGAGCAGAGGAAAUGUUUUGCACUCAUUGAACAGCUUUUUAUCACUGAUACUCAUAAACCCAUGAAACAGUUAACUAGAUAGGCUAUUCUUUUGUUUUGCAUUUUGUCGUUGAAUUUUACACUCUAAACUGCUGUUUCAAGGCUUUAUGAAGACCGCUCAUGGACAUCACUAAAUUUCGACGUUUUAGCAAAAAGGCCGUUUCAACACUUGAUUGUUAAUCCAAUAAUUUCUUGAAACGACCAUUCUUUUAAAACGUCGAAUUUGACAUAGGCCGAACUUAUAUAUGAACUUUUCARAGAUUACAUGCAUUGCUUUCAAUGCAUCUGCCAUCUUGUACAGCCCUUUGUUGAAACUGACCUACAGGGCAUCAAAUGUGGGGAWUUUUUUAUGAAAAUACUAUAAAAACUGAUUGAAAUUUGAACAUCUACAACUGGAAGUAGUUUCUUGAUAAAUUUGCAAGCGACAAACUUGUGUAAUGUCUAUGCUAGGUUGUUUUUGCAAUGCAAAAGCUAUCGACGGCAUAACCUCAUCCUUUGGAGAUGUUGCUACAGGUUUGCACGAUUUCGUUGCUUGCAUUUCCACACUUCUAUUUCAAGCUCGUUCUUUUUAUUUCCUGCGAGAUCAAUGUCAUUGUUUUUAGAGUUUUUAUUUUUGUUGACUUCACAUGUUUUUUGUUUGAAUUUUUUAUAAAUUGAUAGAACCACCAAGCAAACAGUGCGAAUUUUAGAAAUCAGAAACGCUAUAUAUAAAUAUAUAUUCAUCACAUGGACACAUCUUAUAAUAUGYUAACUUUGAAAAGGAAAAAGUAGAUCUCGAAGUGAUUUACUACGGAAACGAGCGUUAGUUUUGACAUGGUGACGCGAAUAAAAUUCUGGAUCUAUUUCUCUAAAAUGAGUGUUGCAAAACCAUUAGGCUGUCAAGUUGCCAUGUUUUUUUAUGUUAUGUGGUCCAAAGGACCAGUACGUUCUCAUCGUUUGAUUUGAUCGCUAGCAUAACAUAACUGUAGUAUAUCAGAUCUGUACCUAAUUUAUCAUAAAAUACAUUUUAAUUCA